UCCGACCACAUCCCAUACCAACCAACACACACAAUGGCGUACAUCAAGACUUCGAUCGCUCUCCUUCUCGUGCUUGCCGCCGGUAUCUCUGAUGCCACCAACCUCCGUCAGGAGACACGCGAGCUGGCCCAAAUGACCGGUGACUCUGACCUCGGCGCCGCUCUGCUGGCCCGUGUCAACAAGGAGCGCGCCUCGCACGGACUCCCGGCGCUGUGCUCCAACAAGAAGCUCAAGGUGGCAGCCGAGCGCCACGUCAAGGACCAGUCGUCGACCGACUUCAUGUCGGACGCCGGCACCGACAACUCGACCCCCGCUCAGCGCGCCGCCGCCGCCGGCUUCAAGUGCUCGAACGUCAAAGAGAACAUCGACCAGGGCUCCCCUGACGUCGAGACCGUCUUCCAGAACUGGAUGAAGGGCGAGGGCCGCGCCAACAUCCUCGGCAACUUCAACAUGGUGGGCACGGCCUACGCGUACAACACCAACACGUUCAACAAGCACCACUGGGUCCAGGUCUUCGCAGUGGGCGCCCAGGAGACUUGCGACCCGUAAACUUGGAGGUGUGCUCCAUGACCCUGGUUUGUUAGGCAUGACUUGCUCUCGGAGGCUAGAACCAAGCUGAGGAGAUUUCUAGGUAGUGCAACCUAGGUAUAUGUGUGUAAAUGUAAUCU